UGCCAUUGUUCCCACCUAUUCCUUAGCACUCACAGCAUCGUUCCACCCCCUGCAGUUCUUGCAUCCUGCAUCUACCGCUUUCUUCCUGGAGUACCGGCGCUCGACGUAGAAUUUUCCUUCUUCCGAGCACUCCAUCCUUCGUUGUUAUUGCCGGCUCUUAUAAACAGGGCUCCAGGCUCUUCCAUAACCAAAAACUAACACGCGAAAGCGGCUGCUGAUCCCCCAGCCUUAUUCCGCGCAUUCCUCUGCCACCAAUACCAUGGACCGCCAGACCAUCAUGGAGACCAACCGGUCUCUUCGAACCAUUAAGAACGAGCUCGAAAGCCUCCUUGAGAAAGGCGUCAUCGACGAAGCCGCUUUCGACACUAUCCACGCCGCCCUGCCCGCCGAAACUCCCCUUCGUGGUGCCGCUCCCGGAAGCGCUGCUCGUUCUGCAAACCAAACACCUCUUCAGCCUGUGGCAGCUGCAACUCCUCCGGUCCAGGCCCCUGUCCAGGCCUUUCAGAAUCUCAACGUCAACGGAACGUCUCCCGCCCCUCCUUCAUACGAUGAUACUCCCGCUCCUGGCGUCCCCACGCGCUCUCCGGCUCCGGCUGGGAAGCCCGUUUUGGCCCAUGCGAGAGCCUUGUACCGCUACGAUGCUAGCGAUGCUCGCGACCUGAGCCUGGAAAAGGACGAUAAGAUCGAUGUAUACGAAUACAUGAACCAGGACUGGUGGAUGGGCCGUAACCACCGCACUGGCAUGGAGGGCAUCUUCCCCCAAAACUACGUCUUUGUCGAGCAGGAGCAAAAGGCUCCCAUGCCCGCUCCCGUGGCCUACCCCCAGCAGCCGGCAUACGGCUACCCGCAGGGACCUCCAGCGCAACAGAACCCUUACAAUGCCAGUGUGCCACCUAUGGCGAUAGCAGAGGGUGGCCAGCCGUCUCAGCAGCAAGGCGGAGAUGGAAACAGCAAGGUUGGCGAGUACGGAAAGAAGUUCGGCAAGAAGCUUGGUAACGCCGCCAUCUUCGGUGCGGGUGCAUCGAUUGGUAGCAACAUCGUGAACAGCAUCUUCUGAGGGCAAUACGCAUCUUCUUCGGCCUCUAUUUUGCUGGCUCUAUUUUAUUUUUUUGAACUUUCAAGUUUGGCGUUUGGAAUGGGUUUGAGGCAUUGCCUACAGUUCUCGAAAUGAGUGAACUUUUCGUCUAUUACCAUGGAGAGUGAAUGUCAACGAGUUGAUCCUUUGAUCUCUAGAGAUAUUAAUUGACAAUGAUAUAUAUUAAAC